CAGCCACGUACCGAGAGCAGAGAACAGAGCCUAUUAUUUUACAACACCUUGUGCAGAGCGCAGUCACCAGUCUCUCUCUCUGCAAAGCUCGUGCCACCGCACAGAAACAACUUCAGGAGGCUUGCUAUUGUUCCAGCAUGUUACAUAUUCGCCAUUCUGUGUCCACGCGUAUCGGCCUGGCGACAGUUUAAUUUGCUGAGCAAUUUUGGAAGAUCGUUUUUUUCCUCGGCUGAUGUGACAUUAUCCAUCUGUAAUGAUGUGGACCUCUCAGGACUUUAUUGGAUUAGUUUUGUUGUCUAGUGUAUGUAUACAAUUUGGAUUCUCCUUUGAAGGAAAGUUUACGGAUAUCCCCUCCAAUCUAACUGUAAAAGAAGGUCAAAACAUUGAAAUGGCAUGCGCCUUCCAGAGUGGAACCACAUCAGUUUACUUGGAGAUUCAGUGGUGGUUCAUAAGAGCACCAGAAGAACGCAGCAACAGCGAGGAAGAUGACGAUGACGAAGAGAUGGAAGUGAUACCAGAGCCGGAUCCAGACGACGAAGGGACUAAAAUAAGUACGGUGAAGGUACAGGGAAACGACAUCUCCCACAAACUGCAGAUCUCCAGGGUGGGGAAGAGUGACGAGGGCCUGUACGAGUGCAGAGUCACCAACGCCAACUACGGAGAGCUGCUGGAGUACAAGGUCCAGGCCUACCUGAAGGUGAACAGCACCCGGCCCCGCAUCAGACCGGCCAAGAAGACAUCGCCCCUGUCCCACCUGACAGCAGAUAAGAAGCCCCGCAGCAAGACAGGCGCCACAGCAGCACAAGACAGCAUGAGCACCGACCUGAAGGUUCGCUCUACCUCCAGCUCUCAGACGUCAUCAGCCAAGACAAUCAAACAGAGUUCAGGUACGAGGAUAGCUACAAGCUUUGGACUCACCAUCCUGAUUCUUGCCUGUGGCUUUAUGAGGGAUACCUUGCUAUAGUUUCAAGCAUUGACUCUUCCUCACAGUAUCACUCCCUCUUCUCGAAGCAAAGAGAAAAUGGCCUGUUAUUACCACCAAGCGGACGACACAGUUGGCCCUAAUUUUCCACUACUCUGCACCCAAUGCAUUCUUAUUACCCAUUGUACACAAGAGGCACCUUCUCAAAGACCAGCGGCGGGAUUACCUGUUGUGUCGACGUUUCUUCAACGCUCCCAGAAAUCGAAACAAAAUGGAAACUGACAUUGUCUCCUUGGAAUAUCUUUAUUUUGGUUUCCUGCAGUGAAUCUAUUGUGUCAUUGCUUAAAGUAAAAAAAUAUAUAUAUAUAUAUAUAUAUAUAUAUAUUUGUGUAAUAUAUAAAAUGAGUAUAUAUAAU